GAAAAUUUCAAAACUCAUUAAUACUUAUGUAUAUUUUUAAAAUUUUCGGUUUAAGAAAAUUGAAACUGAAAAGAGGGGCAUUCGGAAACUAAACAAUAAUAAAAGCAAGCUCUUUUUCUUCCUCACCCAAUACAUGUGUAUAAAGAAUAAAGAAUCUUCGAUUACUUGUACGUAUUAUAUAAAGGAGAGACUUCACAUUUUCCUAGUGGGUAUUUCAACUUUGUUUGAGCUUCUUAGCCGCCAAGGUACUUUGCCGAGAAAGCAGAUGCAAAGCAGACAAAGGAGAUGACAAAAGUAAAGUUAGGCUCAGAAAAGCGUAAGGAAGAGGAAAGCCGAAAAAGAAAGCAAGAUAAAAUCCCGGAGACACCUAAGUCAAGCAGCAAAAAAUCUGAGUUUGGGCCUUCCACGAGUAAAUCGCCAGAAAGUGCAAAAACCAAUGCCUCAGUCCCACAGAAAACUGAAAAAGGAUCUGGCAAAGCCCAAAGUGAUGGUCUCAAGGGAAAGAACAGGUCCAUGGAUGAAGACACUCAGGUGACCACUACAGCUGAAAAAUCUGCACCAAGCACACGCCGAGUGAAAAUUAUGCGUGAGCUUGGUUUGAUGGCCCCUUCUGGGUCUCCUUUUGAUAAAGGGGAACAUGUUUCUCCAUUUAUUCCCAAGGGACGUGUUUCUUCUCCUUCCAGGUCUUCAUCUCAUCCUAAGGAACGUCUUCCUCCAAUUCAGAGAAUAAUUGUUUGUGGUCUAUCUGCUGCUAGAUCCGCGGAUAAUGUUAUGAAGUAGCUUUUGUUUCUCAAUUUUGUUUGAUCCCUGGUUAGUCAGAGUUAGACAUGAUAUAGAAUACUCAAAACUCCCAAGGUAUUGCUGAAGUUGUCAUAUGAGAGGGGGAUUUAGGACUGUAAGUUAGUUGGGUGCAUAGGCGGAGUACUAUGCGCCCACUACUUUUUCUGGUGUUAGUGACGCGAGUUUAAACUUAGUAUUAAGAUGUAUCUUUAGAACAUUUUUACUACAUGUAUACCUCGAACAAAAGACAGCGGGUGCAAUACACCUGCUGCCUUUGCCAGUGGGUGGGGAAGUUGUACUACCAAUUGUAGAAAUACACUUGUUUUUGUGUUCCCCUUCAUAGUGGAUGCAGCUGAAGAAACCUGAGAGUAAUUGAGGGUUAUUCUCUUAAAAGCAAACUACAGUUCACUUUGCACUUUCUAGUCGGAAUGCUUUGAUGGGGUUACUUUGUUCUUGUGCCUACAUUUGGCUGGUUUUGUUUUCAUUGAUAUUUGUGAUUGAGAAGUGAGAGAUAACGUAUAGUUUCUCUACCUUUUCCCUUACGUAAAGGAAAAUUAGUGCUUAUCUAGGCUAAUAGUACACUCAAUUCUUAGAAGAUUAUAUUCUUCCUUCUUGUAAACUCUUCAUUUGUCUUGAUGUACUGUCGAGCAAAUAUGACACGAAUAAAGAUAUUGCACAUGAUUCUUCUCAA